CGGGGGCCUCAUGAGUCCUCGGAACAGCCUGCCGGGCUUGCCCUCACUCGGCGUUGGCGGCCUGCUGUCUCCGCAACAGUUCCUUGCCAAACGACCUUCGCUGCAGGAGACCCCUUCUGAGCAGUUGCGGCCCCACAUCACGCUGCAGAGGACCCGCUCGGCCCCGUCCCGUCCCCACCAGUUACCUCUGAGCGGCCAUGCGCGCUCCGUGCCCCCGCCCACCACGAGCCUCGCCCCCGGCACCACCGCGUGCAGUGACCUCCGCCUCUCGGGAGCCUCAGGGACUUCGGGGACGGUCCUCGAGCCGCACUUCUCCCCGGCGACGUCCUACUCGCACCUCGGGCCCCCUCCGUCGUCGCCGGACCCAGCAGACAAUGAUAUCACGGACCGCCUUGAGUCGCUCUGCCUCUCUGUCACAGAGCAUGCUUUGGGCUGAGUGCAAAUCUUGUUACAACCAAGGAAUUCACCAUCCACAAAUGCUACGUGACUGGGAAUCUUUUAUAGGUAGAUUAUUCGGAAAAUGUAUGCUCUUCGCAUUUGUGUAUUUUUCUGUG